CUGAAACCCCCUGCCCCCCGCCUCUGCCUGCCCAUGUCCAGCUUCGCCAGCGGCGAGGGGAAGAUCAUUCUCUACCUCUACGUCACCGACUUUAUCUGUUGCGUGGCUGUGGUGUCUGUCUCCUACGUCAUGAUCGCCCAGGCCCUGCGGAGGAAUGCCCAGGUGAGGAAGUGCCCGCCUGUGGUGGCUGUGGAUGCCUCUAGACCGCAGCCCUUCGUGGGGCCCCUGGCCGCCGGGGCCAGGGAGGGCUUGCAGAGUGCUGUGCCCGCCUUGUACAGGAACCAGAGCUACAGCAAGCCGCAGCACGUCCAGACGCACAGCCACACCACGAACCUCGGCCAAACGCCCACCAACCCCGGCCGGGCGCCUUUUUUUUCUGCCGGCCGGCUCCAGCUGGUGUCGGCGGUCAACCUGUCCACGGCCAAAGACUCCAGAGCGGUGGUGACAUGCGUUGUCAUCGUGCUGUCUGUCUUGGUUUGCUGCCUGCCCUUGGGAAUCUCUUUGGUGCAGGACGUCCUGUCCAGCAGUGGUGGCUUUGUUCUCUACCAGUUCGAGCUGUGUGGAUUUACCCUAAUUUUUUUCAAAUCUGGAUUAAAUCCCUUUAUAUAUUCCCGCAACAGCGCUGGACUUCGGAGACGAGUCCUCUGGUGCCUACAGUACGUAGCUCUUGUCUUUUUCUGCUGCAAGCAGAAGACAAGGCUUCGGGCCAUGGGCAAAGGCAGCCUGGAAGUCAACAGGAACAAGUCAUCCCACCAUGAGACCAAUUCAGCAUACAUGCUGUCUCCAAAACCUCAGAAAAAGUUUGUGGACCAAGCCUGUGGUCCUAGCCACUCCAAGGAAAGCGUGCUGAGUCCCAAGGCUUCUGUCGGGCAUCAGCACUAUGCACAGAGCAGCUCAACCCCCCUGAACACCCGAAUCGAGCCCUAUUACAGUAUCUAUAACAGCAGCCCUUCCCAGGAAGUGAGCACCCCAAAUAGCGUACAGCCAGUGAACUCGACCUUCGGGUUUGCCAAAUCCUACAUUGCCAUGCAUUAUCACACCACCAACGACGUGGUGCGAGACUGUGACAGUGCUUCGACUAAGCAGAUACCAGUGCCCUCGGUGUAA